UGUUCCCACACACGGUUCUACUUGCGAAGGUGGAUGUAUUUUCAGGUGGACGGAAGGUAGUAGCCGUUAGUAUAUUUCGUUAUAUUUUAUACUGUUUUGUGGACUUUGAUUACAAGCCUCGAUCCAGGCUAAAACCAGACUCUAGUUGUUCCAGGGCAAACCAAACGAGCUGCUCACCUGACAGGACUCGACAUUUAAAAUGCUGGCUGCAGUUUCUUAAAGCGGUUAAGGCUUAGAUUCUUUGUUUAAAAAAAAGGUUCCUUGGAACUUUCACCGCUUUCGGCUGUAUCUGCGUCUACAAUUCGAACAGAAUGUUGAACGCUCUGACGAAAGUGUUGGGAAAGAAGAGGAACUCCAAUGAACAUAAAGAGAAAGAAAGUUCAAAUUUAUGGCAAAAGGCUACGUCUCUGAGGCAGAGCUUUAGAAAGUCCAAAUCUAGUAACAAGGAAGCAAAGUCCAGUCGACUUCAUCGCCACUGGAGCUCUCAACGAAACCUUACGAGAGAAAGAAAGAGUUUCUCUUCUAAUCCUAUUGGCGAUGUAACGGGAGAUCAAUCUCGGACGUUCGGGCGCAAGCAGUCACGUUCGUAUACAGAUAGCGGUGACGCCAACGAAUGGGAAGUUGCAAAGAAGCUGUUCGAUAUGGCAGCUGUCAAAAAUGGAAGCCAAAGACACAAUAGAACUGCACGCAAACUCACAAAAGAUUCUGGUUACGAGACGAGCGCUCAGGGUGAUCAAGACUACGGUAGCAUCGAAUGGACGAGCCAGUCGAUCCUUGCUAACGAUAGGAAUCGUCAAUCACAAACGUUGGAUUCGCGAUAUACGGACGUCGGCAGAAGAGAUUCGUUAAAUAAAAGUAAUUGUGAUUCGAUAUCAAACUCGAAACGACUCAAUAAGUUUUCGAGCACAGAAUCCGUCUGCAAUUGGGGACAGGUAACUUGUGCCAAAUCAGCGCCUAUUCUUAAUAUUCCUACGGGAGAAUCUCCUCCACCUCCCUACACUCCUACCUCUUUGGGGAGUUCAUCCUCCAACGAAGAUAUGGUGACUAGGAGGUUUAAAAAAGGUUCAGUGUAUGGAACCUUAGCAUCUAAUAGUGGACUCGAUUUUUCACCCGUUCUACAUAAUCGUUCCUAUUGGGAAAAUCGCGAAAAUCCAAAACACGAAAGCAAUUCCGAGAGUAAGGACGUGUGUUGGGAAAAAGAAUCUGUCGAUAGUCAGUCUUCGACUUUAGUUAAAAAACCGAUCAAAAUUGAAGAAUCGAUACGAAAUCCACCAGAAAACUCGACAUCCAACACUACAAUUCAGGAAACUUGUCAGAAAGUAAAUGCAAAGCGUUCGAAUUCGAAUCACGAGAAGUAUCCUUCUUGGCCAGUCACCGAAUCUGGUAUCUUAGAUAUAACCAUCACAUCGACAUCCAGCCAGAGAUCUCAUUCUUGGACCGCACACACUGAAUAUCCAAAAGAAACUGUUAAAUAUUCCCGUCCACAAAAAUCGUACAAAAUAUUAACAAGUCAGUUGCAACCCGUUUUAGAACGGCCAGAUUUGAAUAAGAAGAGAAGUCAAGAGGGAUGCGAUCAAAUCAUGGACAUGAAAACGAAAAAUGAUCCUCCUAUCAAUAAAGCUAAGUCAUCAAUAUGCAUUCCGGACUGUAGAACGGAAAGGGAUUGUUCUAUACAUUCUCCACCAGAACGAGAUAUUUCCUCUUGUCCUUCAAAAGGAAAGGAGAAACUGGAUUUGCCAAUAACUUAUACAAACAAGUAUGAUGACUUUUUGAGACAUUAUACGCAGCAUCUACCAUCUCCUAGUGUCGGUAGUAGCAGCAGCGGCUAUGGUGGAUGGUCUAAGGAUAGUUGCACACCUUUUCUAGAUCGUCUGAGGUUAGAAGGUAAUGCAUUGCCUUCAGGAAGCGAUGUUCCCAGUGAGGCAUCCACUUGGAUAGGCAGCGCUGAAGAUAAUCUGAAAUGGCACGGUGGUUCUUAUAGUGAUCUAAGUACUUUUAGUGUCCAGAUGUCUAACCGUUCUUCACUUUUUGACAGUGGACAUUCCACUAUGCCAGACAGUGGACGUUUAUCACCUCAGUCAUCUUGUAGUGGUAGUAUUUUAUCGUCUAGGAUCGAAACUAGCCCUACGCGUGCCCAAGUGGUAUCGAGACACGGUUGCCAUCGAGAAAGUAUCGCUCAUAGUUCUAGAGUGCAACAACCUCAAAGGCAUGAUUCCGAAAGUGUGGUUUACUAUGGAUCACAGCAAGGAGUAAAACAAACGUCGAAAGAACAGAGACACGACAGUAAAAGACAAUCGUCCAAAGAAAAUGGUUAUAAACAUUUUAAUAAUAAAAUAGAAAAUAAUGAACUGCUGGAAGGUAAUAUCUUAAAGUUAAGAAAUUUUUGUAGCGAAUUAAAAAUUUAUUCCAGUUCUAAUUCUGAGCAGAAGCUAGCCAAUUCAAAAUCUCAGAAUAAAAUAUCUUACUUAGAUCCCGAAAAAAAGCAAUCACUGACUGAUCCCGAAUUGAAAGCCAUACAAAAGCAAGCAGUUUUAUCCUAUUUUCAAAGACAAACUGAAAAAAGUGGCGAGAAUAACGCUAGAGACGGAUGUCAAAGGAGGAAUUCUUUGCCACCUUCAAAGUGGAACGAACAAAGAAAAAUUUUACCAGAUAAAAGUGCGAAAUCUUCCAUACAAAUAGAUACAAUUAGAAAAUUACAAGAGCAUAAGGUUUUCGGCCAUUAUAGUAAAAGUGUUCCAAAUUUAUGUGAGUUAAGGAGACCCAGUGGAAGUACGGUAAUAUCAACUAGUCAAUCGUCUGUUCCUCAAUUGAAAAAACUUCAUUUGGAAGGAAAAGUGGCCUCUUUGGCUACGAUUUUCGAUUUAAAUUUGAACAAGAUCAUUCCAGGUGAAUGCAAAGAUUUACCAAAAGAUGGUAGCACCGAUUCUGGUGCUACUAGUUAUUUUCGUUCACAUAAGUCACCUCGUAAACUACAGUUGAAAGAAGUACAUCAAACUGAUGAAGCUGCAAAACUUAAAGUAUUUAAUUCAGAAGGAAUAACUUUAGCUGAAACUACAGAAACAAACAAAAAACAAGAAAAAAUAAUUCAUAAUGAACCACCUCAGGUACCACCAAGGCGAAUUCAAAAACAACCAGUUACUCCGAUAAUUAGACAACCUCCUACCAGACCGCCACCACCUCCACCACCUUCUGUUCCCUCUUCUCCUCAAUCAGAAUUGGAUGAUCAACAAAACUGUGAAGAAUCCGUAAAUAAUUUAUCAUUACAAAAUGGAAAUGUUCACUACACACGAUGUGCAAGUCCAGAUUUACCUCUUCCACCUCCACCAUCAACAGAUACUGAACUAUGUGUACCAGACGAACCACUACCUCCACCACCUGAUUUAAAUGAUGUUGAAAUAUUAGGACGUUCACUAGGACAAAAUAGUUUAGUUUAUCCAAAGAAUUCCUACAUGUCGUAUCGCAGUGAGAAAAAAAUUGGCAGACUAGGAUUUGAUGGUAAUUAUCGUCGUAUUUCUCCAACACCUUCUUUUUCUCAAGAGUCAAAUCAGCCUUUUCAAAAGGAUGAUUCAAAUUCAACAAUGUCCCCUGCUUCUUGGGAACAAUUACAUAAUAUUCGUCAACAUGGACCUACAGUCAUUUUCCAUUCUGAUUCAAUGCGUGAACAAUCUCAUUCACAGAGAAGAAAAAAUUCUACUACUAGUAUAGAAUCUCAAAAUAAUUCUGCUUCUAAUGUUCAAAAUACAAAUGAAGAAAAUUCUUUAACUGUUAGUGCCAAUAAUUCUGAUGUCAAUGAACAAGUGAGUGAUUCAGGUGAGAUUAAACAGGAUAUACUUAGUAAAACAAAAAAUAAUGGACCAAAUUGUAAAAUUGAAAAAAUUGAAUCUAAGAUUUCAAACAGUGAUUUGCCAGAUAAAUCAAAAGAAAAUUCUCAAUCUGAACAUCAAAAACAUUUGGUAGAAAAGCAAGUUAAGUUAGCUAGCAAUGAAAAUAGGGAUGAAAAGACUGAUUGUAACUUAGAUUCUAAUUCAAAUACAUUGGCAUCUCAAAGUGAAAAAAUUGAUUCAGAAAUUAAAACUAAUAUUCAGAAAAAUGAUGAAUCUACAUAUACUGUUCAAGUUCCUGUUUCUGUUGUGCCUCGUAUUAAUAGUGCUACGCAAACUACAGACACACCUAGUCUGAAACGUAAAGCAAAAACUAGAGAAGAACUGGAAUGUGAAAAGCUCUCUCUUGAUUUCAUUGAUCAUUGUCAUGACAGAGUUCUAAAGAACUUACUAGUCCCAGCACCAAAUCAGAAAACAAUGUCGGAUUAUUUGGAAGGACUGUUAGAUUUAGAACUUGAAGGAGGAGGACAACCAACACAAAGGAUUAUUCUUGAAAAAAAUGAAAAAUCAAAUACAGAAAAUUGUCAAAGGUUUGUAAUAAUUGGAUAAUUUUUUAUAACAUUUCAAAUGCUAUUUUGAUAUUGAGGUCAUUUUUAUUUUUGGUAUUAAAAGUUUUUCAAGUUCAGUUGACUCAUCUUCAGGUACAAUUUCCAAAGUUAAUUGAACCUAACUGACAUUCAAACAUUCCAUUGGAUAUUAGGAAAUUCUAAUAGCAUUUGAGAUGUUAUAAUG